AUGCGCGAGAAGAAUCGCCGCCACCGCAUCUUGGCUGGGUUCAACAAACUCGAAAACGUUAUUCCGUCCACGUUUUGCCAGCAGAGGCGGGCGUCGUUCACCAAGAUGGACACGUGCACCUUAAUUAGCAUGGCUAUUCAAUACAUCAAAAGCCUAGAACAGAGACGGGAGAACUUGGCCAAGCUUUGUAUGAGCAGCGUGAUGCUUAGUGCGCAGACACUCCCGUAA